AUGGGGGGAGCAACGGGGGGCGACGGAAUAAAAGGGGAAACGGCUCACGAAGUGGGCCGGAACGCAGGGAGCGGGGCGACAGCGCAUGGGGCGGGGGAGAACGCGGGGAGCGGAGCAACAGCGCACAAGGCGGGGGAGGAGCGGGGCGAGGGGGCAAAAGCGCACGAGACGGGGGAGGAACGGGGCGAGGGGGCAACAGUGCACGGGGUGAUGCGGGAGGGGAUGGCGGUGCUGAUUGACGUGAAUGGCGAAAAGGCGUCUUUCGCCAUGCUGCAGCGAAACAGGUGCGAUCUUCGCCAUGCUGCAGCGCAACAGGUGUACCUCGCAGUUUCUCUUCCCCUCAUUCGCCGCCUCCACUGCCCCACCACCCUUCAUAUUCUCCCCUCCUCCCUUCGUCCACCCUCCCCUUUCCUUCGCUCCUUCCUCCGUGUUUUUCUGAUCCCCUCUGCCCCACCUCCCUGCACUCCCACCGUGCGAGUGGGCAAGCAGCAGUGCUCCCUCGCGCCCCUCGUCGGCUGCCCCUUUGGCUCUGUGUUUGAGCUGCGCAUGGGCGGCGAGGAGGGCGCAGGGGGGGACGGGGGGGAGGGGGGAGGCGGAGAGGGGGAAAACGGAGAGGGGGGGCAAGCGAAGGACGGGGGAGGGGAGGGGGAGGAUGAUAAGGGCGAUGGGGGGAAGGGCGGAAAGGGGAAAUGGGGCGGAAGGGGAGGAGGAAGAGGUGGAGGGGGGAGAGGAGAGGAAGGGGAGGGGGGGGAGGAGGAAGGAGGCCACAGCUGCGAGGGGGUGAAGGACAAUCGCAAUUUGAUCGACGAUAACACUGCGCAGAAGCUGUCGGCCAAUGAGAUUGCAGCACUCAAGAGGCAAGCAGCAUCGGGGCAUGAGGUGGUGCGGGCACUGGCGGCCAACAGCGUCUCCUUCCACACCAAAACCGACUUCGCCCAGGAGAAGUAUCUGAGGAAGAAGCAGAAGAAGCACGCUCCGCGCCUGGUCGCCCGCUUUCCCACAGCCGACAGGUCUCGCUGCCUACCCACCAUGCCUCUCUGCCUACCCACCAUGCCUCGCUGCCUACCACCAUGCCUCGCUGCUGCCUACCCCUGCCAUGUCCCUCCAUAG